AUGGGUUUUUCUGUGCUUGUUCUCUUCUCUUUCCUGUUUUUCCUCUUGAACUCAACAUGUGUUUGUGGGAAUGAAGAGCUGAAAGCACUGAUGGACAUUAAAGCCAGUUUGGAUCCAGAGAGCCAUUAUUUACACUCAUGGACUAACAAUGGUAACCCAUGUGGUGGUUCUUUUGAAGGAGUAGCAUGCAAUGAGAAGGGUCAGGUGGCAAACGUUUCUUUGCAGGGAAAGGGUCUCUCAGGGAAGCUUUCACCAGCCAUUGCUGGGCUUGAGCACUUGACAGGACUCUACUUGCAUUAUAACUCUUUGUAUGGUGAGAUACCAAGAGAAAUUGCAAACUUGACUGAGCUUAGUGAUUUGUAUUUGAAUGUGAAUCACCUGUCUGGGGAAAUCCCUCCUGAGAUCUCCAGCAUGGAGAACUUGCAAGUUUUGCAGCUUUGUUGUAACCAGUUGACAGGAAGCAUACCUACACGGCUUGGUGCUUUGAAAAAGCUUAGUGUUGUUGCUCUGCAGUCAAAUCAGUUAACUGGUGCUAUCCCUGCUAGUCUCGGUGAUUUGGGUAUGCUGGUGAGGUUAGAUUUGAGCUCUAAUCAUUUCUUUGGUUCCAUUCCCACAAGCCUAGCCGAUGCUCCUUCACUGAAAGUUCUAGAUGUUCACAACAAUUCACUUUCUGGGAAUGUACCUCCUGCUCUGAAGAGACUAGAUGAUGGUUUUUUGUAUGAACAAAAUCUGGGGUUAUGUGGAGUUGAGUUUUCAUCCCUGAAAACUUGCAAUGCUUCGGAUCAUGUCAAUCCCAGCAGACCUGAACCUUAUGGAGCACCAACAAGAGAUAUCCCAGAAACUGCAAACGUUAAGUUACCUUGCAAUGGAACUCGGUGCUUGAAUUCAUCAAAGUCCACUCAAGCCACAUCAGUUACAGUUGGCAUAUUUGUGUCUGUAAUUGCAAUGUCAGCAAUAGGUGUUUUGACCUUCAUACUAUAUCGUAGGAGGAAACAAAAGCUUGGAAAUUCUUUUCAUAUCUCUGAUAGCCGUCCAAGUACUGAUGAAGCCAAGGGUGUAUACAGGAAAAAUGGAUCUCCUUUGGUCAGUCUUGAGUACUCUUCUGGAUGGGACCCUUUGGCUGAUUGUAGGAAUUUCAAUGGGGGUAGCCAAGAUAUAUUCCAGAGUUUCAGGUUCAACUUGGAAGAAGUGGAGUCAGCUACUCAAUAUUUCUCGGAGUUGAAUUUGUUGGGUAAGAGUAACUUUAGUGCAACAUAUAAAGGAGUUUUAAGAGAUGGAUCUGUUGUGGCUGUGAAGAGCAUCAGUAAAACUAGUUGUAAGUCGGAUGAAUCUGAGUUCUUGAAGGGAUUGAACAUUUUGACCUUAUUGAGGCAUGACAAUUUAGUGAGGUUGAGAGGAUUUUGUUGUUCAAGGGGACGAGGUGAAUGUUUUCUGAUUUAUGAUUUUGUUUCUAAUGGAAACCUGUCACGCUUCCUUGAUGUGAAAGAAGGUGAUGGAGAAGUCCUUGAAUGGUCAACUAGAGUUUCUAUUGUGAAAGGAAUUGCUAAAGGUAUGGCAUAUUUACAUGCAUACAAAGCGAACAAACCGAUUCUUGUUCACCAAAACAUCUCAGCUGACAAAGUUCUCAUUGAUCAGCGGUACAAUCCAUUGCUAGCAGAUUCUGGCCUUCACAAGCUUCUUACUAAUGAUAUUGUCUUCUCAGCACUUAAGGCUAGUGCAGCAAAGGGUUACUUGGCUCCUGAAUACACUACUACAGGCCGGUUUGCUGAGACAAGCGAUGUUUUUGCUUUUGGGGUGCUGGUUUUCCAGAUCCUUUCAGGGAAGCAGAAGAUCACUAGCUCAAUAAGGCUUGCUGCAGAAUCCUUAAGAUUCCAAGAAUUUAUUGACCCUAAUCUCCAUGGCAGGUUCUUUGAAUAUGAGGCAGCUAAACUAGCAAAGAUAGCUUUGCUUUGCUCCCAUGAGUCUCCUUUUGAGAGGCCAUCCAUGGAAGCCAUUGUUCAAGAACUGGGCAAUUGUAGUAGCUGUCUCUGA